UGAGCCAACAGUUGGUAAUUCAGUCAACUAGUAUUGAUGAUUUUGGUGUUUGCGAAAGUGACUGAGUGUCGUAGGAUGGCGUAUACACGUAUACAAUAUUCCCGGAUUUCUUUCAGCACAUCAUUGAUUACCAAAAUUGUCUUACUUACCUACUGAUGUCGCGGUCGUCUGGACCGCUAUUUCAACUCGCGCAUGCCAAUUUUGGGGUUGAAAUAUUGAUUGACUCGCAGCUGUUGGCAAACACAGUGCCUGGACCGUGCUCCUGCAAACAUUCGAUAGUUUGACUAGUGUAGGUAGAGGUUGGCGUACGAUAUGCUACUUCUCUUUUUUCAAGUCCAACAAUAAAAACAACAUUUUAAAAUAUAAGAAAAGCAAAUAUUUACAAAACAAUAUUUAUAUCAAAUAAAAUAACAAUGAAUUAUUUCUUACACCAAUCAAUAUUUACGAGUAUAUUCACAGUCACAGUCGAUAUUCUCAACUAUUUGGAAGAAACGUAUCCGCAUUUAAAGGAUUAUAUUGUGUUUUGUGGUAUAAUUGUGGAGUUAUUAGCUAUAGUUUACAUUUUUGAGUUUAUGAGAAGGCCAACUGAAGAUGAAAUUGAAGAAGAACAACAACAACUAAUAGAAGAAGAACAACAACAAAUAGAAGAAGAUAGCAUUCAAGACGAAGAUAAGAAGAAUGAUGAACACAAGACAGAUAACCUAGGAUUACAGACUGCAUUUAAUAUUAAUAAUAAGAGAAACAAUACUGAAGAUACAAGUUAUACUGGACUUAAAAGAAAUAAACAAAAAAAGGAACUAAUGAAGAAAGAUGGAAUUGUUCGCUCUGAAGAUAUUCAAGGGUAUCGAGGGGACAAAAAUAUUGAUGAAAUCUUAAAAUUCAUUGGAGAUAAAAGUAGUGAUAGUCAAAAAAAUAAAAUUAACAGUCGAGAUGGAAAAGGUUCUGAUAACGAUUUCGGUAGGCCAAAAAAUGGUAAAAUGAAAAUGACCAAGUAUAAUAGUGUUGAAAAUGUAUCUACAACAGUCUUUCAACCAAUGGAUAGUUCAAAUGAUGAGUCAAAAUCAAUUAAAAGUUUUAAACAAAGUAAAAAAAAGGUACCAAAACAAAACCAAUCUUCUAAGAAAUUUGUAUCUACUGAACAGAGACUUGAAGUCUUAUCAUCGAAAUCACAAAAUACAAAAUCGGUUACCAAUAAACAAAAGAGAAAUAAACAGAAAUCACAAAAUACAAAAUUGAUUACCAAUAAACAAAAAAGAAACAAACAGAAAUCACAAAAUACAAAAUCGGUUACCAAUAAACAAAAGAGAAAUAAACAGAAAUCACAAAAUACAAAAUUGAUUACCAAUAAACAAAAGAGAAACAAACAGAAAUCACAAAAUACAAAAUUGGUUACCAAUAAACAAAAGAGAAAUAAACAGAAAUCACAAAAUAAGUUAAAUGCAACCACUAGUAAUUUUUCUCCCUAUGACUCACAUUUAUUGUCACAGUAUACGCAACCUAAAAUUGUAAAAAAUAAAAAAAGAAUGAAAUCCACAUCUUUAAUGACUCAUUCUGAUAAAUCUGAAGAUUACUCUGAUCUAGAUUCUGUGCACUCUUUGCCUGCCUCAUCUACACCUUUUAAACAGCCAUCAUACAAAGAAGCUCCUAAAACCGAUUUGACUAAACCAGCCUGUAUAGUUACCACUUCUGAAGAGUCAAUACCAACAGUUACUGUUGCAUUACCACAACGAAAUGUUGACAGUAUAGUGAGUAAUGUAAAUUACGAUAAUAAAUUUAUCAACAGGGAUGUACAUGUCACCUAUAUAGUGCAUGAAUCCCAGAAAGUGGUUAUAGAGUCCGCUAUGAAGACUGCCGUUCUAAACAAAGUUCCUACAGCGAUCCCCCCACAGAGCGCCUCGUUUACUGUGCGUGUACCGCCAAAGAAAAAACAAAGCUCAAUUAUGUAUAAUAAGUAUGAGGUGGACACAAGUCUGUAUUUUGGAUUUGAAAUUGACCAAAAUGUACUGUGUGAUAGCGGUAAUAAUUAUUCACCCUCAGUAUCAAUUCCCAUGCCUAUAGAGUACAACUAUAAAGAAGUGAUAUUAUUCAUCAAACAAGCUUGGCAAGAUGUUGAAAAAGAGAAAAUCAAUGGGAGAUCAAAUAUUUUGGAAUACAAUCCAGAAUAAUACGUACCUAUUUUGAUAUUAUAUAAAUUAUAUAUAUUAUUUAAUUUUAUUUAUUUAUUUAAUUUUAUUUACGCCAAACGGCAAUAUACAAAUUAUAAGUUAAGUACAUAAGUUUAGUACAUAACAGUACAAAAUAAGUUACAAAUAAUCUAAAAAAAAAAAUAACCUAUAUUUAUCUGUGCUAUUGGGAACUUGAUUGUUUUUAUUCAUUUGAAUACUCGUUAUUAUUAUUGAACAAUUUUACCCUGCACCAAUCUAGUGGUGGUUCUUGAGAAGCCACAAGGGGGGUGGCGAAAAUGUUUUGCAUUUACUUACAAUUUUCAUGAAUAUCCCAUUUAUUUUUUCCUAUUGCUUGAUACAUAAGAAGAAAUCAUAAGUUCUAGGUAUAAAGUUUAUACUACAAUGGCUUAACAUAAACAUAUAGGUACUUAGGUAUCAAUAAAAAAAUUAAUACAAUAAUUAUUUUUAAAAUAAAAUCCGUGUUUUCGAAGAGGUAACGAAAGCUAUUAUUGUAUAAUGUAUAUAUCUGUGACGAAAACAAACGGUUUGCUGACUGUUUACCAUCAUACAAUUUAUUUCUUUAAUAUCUAUGGAUACCACCCGAUAUGGCAUAUCACGGUACAUACGAGUAAACCAGUAAAGAACGAGCGCCCUUAAACAGUUUUACAAUAAAAUUAUCGCCAAACGAUUUUUAAUAUUAAACUGUUUGCUCAAUGUUCAUUCAUAUCUUGUUUUUACUCGGCUCAAGGGGUAAGGGUUCACCUAUCAUCCCCCCUCCCCGCAAAACCACCACAGCACCAAUCAGACCACAUAUUAAGUUUAUCGUCAUUGAUUUAGAUGUAUACGAUUUAGUAGUUUGUACAAUAUAAACAUUAAAUACCCUGACCGUGGUAUACUUAAUAUGUUUUAUAAAGAUGAAAAUACAUUAUAAGCACGAUUUAUCUUAAAUCGAUAUAAUAUGAUAUAUGAUAUAUUAUGUGAAAAAUUUAAAUAUACGUAAAGUAAUCAGUUUUGUGUGUAUAAUUUUGUCAAUUAUUUAUUCAUUAUUUAAUUAUGUAAUAUUUAUAUUGUAAUUUUAAAUAAUUGUCGAGUUGAAUAGUUUUAACUACAGUUCUAAAUAAAAAAAAAAAAAAUUGUCAAUUUAUUUUUAAUAAUACCCCCCUUAGAAAUUUCUAACUACGCGCCUGAUUUGAUGUAAAGGUCUUCAAUUAUAAUGUUUAAUUCAUUCCCGUUUUAAUGUUCAAGUUUUCAAAAUAACUACCGACAGUUAAAAAUAAUUAAUAUUAAUGAAUAGAUGUACCGCCAAAGUUUGAUAUAAUUAUUCAUAUAAAAUAAAAUUUUUAUGUUUUCAAUCUUCUGCUUGCCAUACAGAUAUCUUACAAUAAUUAUAUACGAUGCUCGGUGACAAAAACCACUCUUACACCAUCACUAGACCCAUCAUCCUUUUUCUUAAUUAUUAACCACUUUGUAUCACAACUCUCUCUUUUCUGCACAAGCUUUGCUUUUGAAAAGAGAACCAAA